AUGGCUUCUGUUUUAGAGCAGUAUCGCAUUGUCAACGCGGCGUGGACCGAGGGGCGCUUGGACAAUGUCCUUCAACGUCAAAAGGAGCUUGCAUUGUUGCAUGCGAACAUUAGAAAAUCAUCUUCGGACCUGAUCAGAGCCAUAUCGCAAGAUGUGCAGAUAUCAGACGCGAGCGCAGCCGACGAGCUUCAAUUGACGCUCGACUCGAUCAAAACACUCUACGACAGCCUCGACUUCCCAGAGACCUUGGCCAAAGAGAAGCUCGUCGGGAAAGGCGCCAGCUCACUCGACAAUCUGGUUCCGUUGGGUGUUGUCUUGAUUGAUCCGUCUCCCUACUCGCCUUUCGCAAGCAUACUCGCGCCUCUUGCUGCUACUGUUGCGGCCGGAGGAGCUGCGAUCGUGCUGGCAUCGUCCAAAACUCCCAACCUUAACACCGAGUUGCGCACGCUCAUGACCAAAAGCCUUGACUUCGAAGCGUUCGCCGUAACCGAAGAUGACUCGGCUAGCACUCGUCGGGAAUUGGGCGCAAAGCACUUUGGUGCUGUUGUGCUGCAAAACCUGCCUGAACGAGAUACUCUCUUCACGGCGCUAUAUAAGGCGAAUCCGCUGGUCAAAGUGCUCUCACCACCUUCCGGGACCCCUGCUGCAUUUGUCGAUCGCUCUGCUCAGGAUCUUGAGGCUGUCGCGAGCCAUCUCGUCCACGCUGGGCCCAGGGCACCGCGCCGCAACCUGCUCCGGAUACCUCGCCUGGUCUUUGUGGAUGAAAUACAUAUCGAGCAGUUGGAUAAACUGGUACGUGCAGAUGCUGGCGCGAAUACCCUACUAUCAUUUGGGCAAGACCAAGACAAGGCUCAAGCUUUUGGCGAGCUGGUUCAUUCGAAAUUCCCAUCUUCAAUGUGGAAACUGUCCACGAAACGUGAUGGCCUUCCCGCCGUCAUCACGAUGGCGGAUUCCAAGGAAGUCACCGCUGAGAAUGUAGAGAAGGCGGCAGAACUACUUGCACAUAGUACCAAUGGUCUACUGCUCGUCUCUACAAGGAGUUUGGACCAUGGAAUUGACAUUUUGAACAAGACAAACACAAACAAGCUUUCCCAAUCAGUAUACAUAUUCGCGUCACCUAAAGCGUCCUCAUACGUUGCCUUAUUCACCAACACACUUCAAGUGUUCAUCAACACCAUCCCUCGAUGGUCACUAGCCGUCAUCGCCCCCUCCACACCUUACGUCGCAGAUCGAUUGCUAUACCGCAGAGAAGACUUUUCUGUCAACAAGCCUAUUCUUCAGGAGUCUCUCAAACCGGCACAAGCACUCGCAGCUGGUGCCAAGUCCGUGUGGCCGUUUUUGUCACAGACUAUACAUCUGGCAAAGAUUAAGCAGCCAAAGGGUGGAAGACUGAGCUACUUUGAGCGCGGCUUGAUUGUUGGCCUGGCACUUUCACUGUUUGCCAUCACGGGUACUGGAUUUGGCAUUCGCCGUGUUUUGUUUCCUUAG